UGAAGAUCAGUAAAGUUCAUGCUGCACCACCGAGAUGAAUCUCUUUAUUUAAUUAUACUAUGUUGGAGUAAAGACACAACAAAUUGGCGACGAGUAAUCUGGACCCUGAACAACUGCGAGACAUGAACUUUUCUUUUUCCGGAGGGGCGGAGAAAAGGACGAAAUAAAGCAGGAGACAAAACGAAACCUAGCAAAGCAUCCGUGAGUAACAGUGCAUAGCACACAGUGAAAAGAUACACGGAUAAUAUCUGGAUUUCAUGUCCAAAAUGGCUUGCGUUGGAAAAGUAGAGGAGUUUGAUAGUUCAAGUGGAGACUGGGAAUCAUACAUAGAGCGAGUGGAGUUGUACUGCGACGCUAAUGAUAUCGAGGAUGAGAAAAAAAGUUCCGUCUUCCUCAGUCUAAUGGGAGCUAAAACUUACAGUCUACUCCGUAACCUUCUGAGCCCUGCCAAACCGUCGAGCAAGUCAUAUAAAGACAUUGUUGAUACGUUGCAGAAGCACUUGAAUCCCGCACCGCUAGUGAUAGCGGAAAGAUUCAGAUUUCAUAAGAGGAAUCAAACGAAAGAUGAAAGCAUAUCUGAGUAUAUGGCCGAACUGCGCAAACUCUCGCAGCAUUGUGACUUUAAAACGGGACUUGAUGAUGCCUUGAGAGAUCGACUAGUAUGUGGCAUGCACUGUACAAGCACACAAAAAAGACUACUGUCCGAAAAAGAGCUAGAUUUGAAGAAAGCACUCGAGCUAGCCAUCUCCAUGGAAACAGCAGCUAAGGGUGCGUCAGAGCUACAGAAGAAAAGCUUAGAAAACGAAGUGCAUCAAAUGUCCUUGAAUAGGAAAAAGCAAAACUGCUACAGGUGUGGUAAAUCCUCACACAAUGCAAACGACUGCUGGUUCAAAGACAAAACAUGCAGGAAAUGCCACAAACAAGGUCACAUAGAAAGAGCAUGCAAAUCAGACCAAAUAAAUACCCAAAAAGAAAAAUCUGGAAAGAACAAAGGGUUCAAACCUAAAUCAAAGGUCAAAGCAACUGAAAUGCACAAAGUUACAGAACAUUCUGACAACACAAAUAGCAGUGAAGACGAUGACCUGUCAUGCUUAGAACUGCAUAGCAUAACCGAAGAAGACAGAAAAAUCAUAUGGGUCACAACGUCAGUGUCUGGAGUGAAACUAAAGAUGGAACUGGACACAGGUUCAGCUUUGUCAGUGAUCUCUGAAACCGAUUAUGACAGACUGUUCUCCCACUUACCACUGAAAAAGACAUCAGUGAUGUUGAAAACUUACACAGGUGAAAAAGUGUCACCAAAAGGGAAACUUAAAGUGAAUGUGGUCUAUGGUGACCAAACACACAAGCUAGAGCUCUAUGUCCUGAAAACCACAGGGCCAGCACUACUAGGACGUGAAUGGCUGAGAAGAAUUCAGCUUGACUGGAAUGCAAUCAAAGCCCUGAAUAUCUCAACAGACCUCAAGAGCUCCACCCAUAGGCCUGAGCAGAGAUUGUCACAGUUAUUGGAGGCUAAUGCACAUGUGUUCGAGAAAGGCAUUGGUAAACUAAAACACAUAAAGGCAAAGAUUGAACUUGACAAAGAUGCCAACCCAAGAUUCCACAAAGCGCGCCCGGUGCCGUAUGCCCUGCGUCCUAAGAUAGACGCCGAACUACAAAAUUUGGAGGCAUCAGGCAUUCUCUCAAAAGUUGACUGGAGUGACUGGGCUACACCCAUUGUUCCAGUAAUGAAGAAAGGAAAAAGUGAAGUGCGUAUAUGUGGAGACUUCAAAGUGAGCAUCAACCCGGUGCUGCGCACAGUGCAGUACCCCCUGCCACGAAUAGAGGACAUCUUCUCAUCAUUGGCUGGUGGGGAAAAGUUUUCAAAGAUUGACUUGUCACAGGCAUAUCUCCAGAUGGAAGUGGAGGAGUCAAGCAAAAAGUUCCUAACCAUCAACACGCAUAAGGGACUUUACCAAUACAAUCGUCUUGUGUUUGGUGUUGCUUCAGCUCCAGCCAUCUGGCAAAGAGCCAUGGAUCAGGUGCUCCAAGACAUACCUGGAACACAAUGCUACCUGGAUGAUAUUAUCAUAACAGGAAAAGAUGAUGAUGAUCAUUUCCAAAACCUGAGCAAAGUACUCACCAGGCUGAAUGAGUAUGGCCUACGGGCAAAGAGAGAAAAAUGUGAGUUUUUCAAAAGUGAAAUCUCAUACUGCGGACAUGUCAUUGACAAGCACGGCUUGCACAAGUCACAAGAGAAAAUUGAGGCAGUGCUGAAGGCACCUAAACCUAAAAAUGUGUCACAACUCAGAUCGUACUUGGGUCUCGUUAACUAUUACCACAAGUUUCUGCCAAACCUUGCCUCAGUGCUGUACCCACUAAAUGCGCUGCUACAGACAGGAGUGGAAUGGAAAUGGUGUGAAAAAUGUGAAAAGGCAUUCACAGAAACAAAAAGACUAAUUACAUCUGACGAGCUACUUACCCACUACGAUCCGUCCAGACCCAUCCGUCUGGCAUGUGACGCGUCCCCGUAUGGUAUUGGCGCAGUCCUGUCGCACACGAUGGAUAAUGGACUUGAACGCCCAAUUGCAUUCGCUUCAAGGUCGCUGUCUAGUGCUGAGCGCAAUUAUGCACAGAUAGACAGGGAAGCCCUUAGUCUAGUCUGGGGUAUCAAAAAGUUUCAUCAUUACCUUUAUGGUCGAAGGUUUACUUUAGUGACAGAUCAUCAGCCCCUAGUGUCAAUAUUCAACCCACGAAAAGGAGUCCCAGUGAUGUCAGCUGCGCGACUACAACGAUGGGCCCUGUUCUUAGGAGCACACUCAUAUGACAUCGAGUUCAAGGGGACUAAACAACACUGCAAUGCCGAUGGGUUGUCACGUCUCCCUCUGUCAACAUCUGUGGAGGAACCGGCAUCAAAAGGUGACCCGGCAGAAAUGUUCCACACAACACUGAUAGACCAGCUGCCAGUUACGAAUGCCAUGAUAAGAAAAGAAACGCGGAAUGAUCCAGCACUUUCCAAGGUGUAUGACAUCACAGUACAAGGCUGGCCUGCCCAUGGGAAUCCAUGCUUUCCUGAGUUUUCAGCAAGACGUGAUCAGCUGUCAGUCUGCCAGGGAACCUUGAUGUGUGGAUCACGGGUGGUAGUGCCGUCCAAACUUCGCACCAGAGUGUUGGACAGUCUGCAUGAGGCUCAUGUAGGUACGGUGAAGAUGAAAAGUCUGGCCCGUAGCUAUGUAUGGUGGCCGGGGAUAGAUAAACAGAUUGAGGACAUCACCAAAACCUGUCCAGGAUGCCUAAGCGUGCAAAAUGCACCACCACAGGCUCCUUUACAUCCGUGGGAAUGGCCAUCUGCACCUUGGCAGAGAGUGCACAUUGAUUUUGCUGGUCCGUUCAUGAACUCUAUGUUUCUCAUAGCUGUGGACGCUCACUCAAAGUGGCCAGAAGUAGUCCCAAUGAAAUCAACAACAUCAGAAAAGACCAUCUCUGUUUUGAGAACCAUCUUCGCCAGGAAUGGCCUGCCUGAGCAAAUUGUGAGUGACAAUGGCCCACAGUAUACUUCUGAAGAAUUCCGAGAUUUCAUGAAAAAGAAUGGUAUCAAGCAUUUCAAGUCAGCACCUCACCAUCCUGCAACAAACGGGUUAGCAGAACGGUUCGUACAAACAUUUAAAAAGGCCAUGAAAGCAAUGACAAGAGACGACAUCUCUAUUCAACACAAAAUUGACAAUUUCCUCCUGGUGUACCGAAAUUCUGUACAUGCAACGACUAAUCAGUCACCUGCACUGCUGUUUAUGAAUAGACAGCUCAGAUCUCGCAUUGACCUUCUGAAGCCGAACCUGAGGAGAGAAGUGCAGAACAAACAGUUCAGCAACUUUGCACGUGAACCGCCAAGGAGUUUCGAUGUGGGUCAACAGGUCCUGGCACGUGACUACCGAGGGGAAAAAUGGACGCCUGGAAAGAUAAUCACUCGGAGCGGCCCUCUGAUGUACGAGGUGGACACUGGAGAGCAUACCUGGAGACGUCAUGUGGAUCAGCUGUUGAAUGCUCAACCAAAGACACCAGAGCAACCAGCACGUCCACCUGGUCCUGAAACCAACUCUGAACCCAGUACAGUGACACCCCCAGUUGCUGAGGACGUGCCCCCUACCGAGAGCACUCCACAGGCUCCUAGACGUAACCCUGAACGACUCAGGGCACCCCCUAAAAGAUUGGAUUUAUGAGUUCACUUGUGGGACUUCUGUU